AUGAGUCGACAUUUCGCUGCUGCUUUUUGUUUGGCGUUUGUUUUUCUUCCUGUACUUGGCGGUUCGUGUCCUGCCCAGUGCAGCUGCUUCUACCACAAAUUAAGUGACGGAUCAAAAGCAAGGAGCGUGCUUUGCAAUGAUCCAGAAAUCACCGUGGUCCCUCCAAACUUCCCCAGCGACACGUCCAAGUUGCGUAUCGAGAAAACGGCCAUUACGAGGAUUUCCAGCAGCAACUUCCACUACCUCAACAACCUGGAGUUUCUCUGGAUGUCGUUCAAUUCACUGAAUUCGCUGAACGUCGACAGCUUCCGAGGUCUUUACAACCUGGACGAGCUCCGGCUGGACGGGAACGCCCUCACCUCCUUCCCCUGGGAGUCCCUGACCGACACGCCGAGCCUGAGGCUGCUCGACUUGCACAACAACAAGAUUUCCAGCGUCCCCGCCGACGCCACCAUGUACAUCAAGAAUAUCACCUAUCUGGACUUAUCCAGCAACAGCCUGACGACUGUCCCCGCUGAUGUCCUCACAAUGUGGCUCAGCGUGAAGCCGCCCCAGGACACAGAUUCCUCCAAACUAAUUCUCGGGCUCCAUGACAACCCUUGGGCGUGUGACUGCCGCCUGUACGAUCUGGUCCAGUUUCAGAAGUUCCCCUCAUCGUCCGUGGCUCUCAUCGACCCCAGGCUGAGGUGCGCCGAUCCAGAGAGCCUGUCGGGGGUCCUCUUCAACGAGGCCGAGCUGCAGCGGUGCCAGGGCCCCCGGGUGCACACGGCCGUGGCUCGUGUUCGGAGCUCACUGGGCAACAACGUCCUGCUCCGCUGUGGCACAAUCGGAGUCCCCAUCCCUGAGCUGACCUGGAGCCGCGCCGAUGGCAAGAAAAUGAACGGCACCGUUCAGCAAGAGAUUUCAAAGGAGGGCAUCAUUUGGUCUAUUCUGAGCGUCCCUGCUGUCUCCUACCAUGACUCUGGGAAAUAUCUCUGCAAAGCAACCAACUUUGUGGGCACCGCAGAUGCAGUCAUCUCCUUGGUGAUCACAGAUUCUUUUCGCUCGGAGGAGACAGCCGCUGGUGUUUCCAAGAAGAACAGAGGGAAGAAACCUGGUGGCGUCGGAAGAGCGGCGUACCAGGAGAAACUUAUCGCCAGAUACAUUCCUCCACCAACUAGCACGGCCGGGAAGCCCAUCAUCGAACCUCUCAAUGGCAAAGGUGUGACUGGGAAGUAUGAGAUCCAGAGCUACAGUGUCUCUGAUGGAGCUUCUAAGGGACAAGGCAAGGAUUCGGACCAGAAGUCAGUGGAGGUGGAUGCUUUGAGUAACUUAGCAGCCAACGCCUCGUCCUUACAGCAAGCUCCUGAGAAAAGGAUAGUGCGUUCGGUGAAGGUGAUGGGUGACACCGACCAUACUGUUUCCUUGAACUGGCGAGCCCCCACAGCCAUAAAUACCACAGAGUUCAGUGUCCUAUAUGCUGUAUUCGGUGAGAGAGACAUGCGUCGGAUCAAUGUGGGUGCUGGAAAGAACCGGAUCACCAUUGAUGGCCUCGUGCCAAAAACAAAGUAUAUUGCUUGUGUUUGCGUCAAAGGGCUGAUCCCGAAAAAGGAGCAGUGUGUAAUCUUCUCAACAGAUGAAGCAGCCAGUGCGAGUGGCACCCAGAAGCUUAUUAACGUGGUGGUGAUAACGGUGGCCUGUGUGAUUGCCGUCCCCCUGACACUGAUCGUGUGCUGCGGGGCGCUGAAGAAGCGCUGCCAAAAGCUGCUGGGGCGGCAGUCCAAGGAUAUACAGGACUCGUACGUCACGUUCGAGACCCUCGGCCCUGGGACCAAAACCAAAGGGAUGGAGGGCGAAUAUCUGACGAGGGUAAGCCCCGAUGAAUCCAACCGGCUGCUCUCAGGGAGGUCCAGUGUUGACUCAGAGGCCUUAGCCAGGACUGAGGGGCCACCCAACGAGUACUUCUGCUAA